CGGCCGGUCUUUGCUCAGUCGCUCGCAAGACAACAGCGUUCACAAGUUUGUGCGAUUCAAAACUGCAACUUCUCAACGUCUCGCAAGAUGAAGACUACUUUGGUUUUUCUGGCUGUGUGCUUGGCUGUCACUUUUGCCUCGACCCUUAAGGACGAGCAGAAGGCGAAGCUUCGGGAGUUCAAGGAGGCCUGCAUCAAGGAGAGCGGAGUCGACGCUGCGGUCGUUGACGGCAUUGUCAAGGGUGGCCCGAUCACUCGCGGCGACAAGAUCGACUGCUUCUCCGCCUGUAUGCUGAAGAAGAUUGGCAUCAUGAAGCCCGACGGUGCGAUCGACGUCGAGGCUGCCCGCGGCAAAGUGAAGACGACGAACGCCGACCCCGACAAGGCCAACAAGGUUAUCGACGCCUGCAAAGAUCUCGUCGGAAAAGACGCCUGCGAGACCGGCGGCAACGUCUUCAGCUGCUUCAUCACCAAGAAAGACUUCCCGGUCCUCGACUGAGUUACAUUCCUACCUAUCGAAUCAACUUCGCUAACAGAACAAAAAUGAUGAAAAAAAAAAAAAAAAUAAUAACGCCACCGAUGUAUUUUCUCGAUUUAAUUCAACGAACGAUUGUUUCUCUUUUUUGUUUUUAUAAUAAUUUGGCUCUCAUGUACUUGUGCUAAUUGUUAUUAUUGCGAAUAAAUCAAUUGUGAUAAACCAUA